CUUCGUGCAGAGCUGUCCUCCACACAGAUACAACAGCCCAGCAAUAACACUGCGAAUAUAACAAACCGCGAUGUUGAAGAGCGAAGUUACUCCAUACUGGAAUUUGUCGGUCACGGUUCUUCGUGCCAAAAAUACCUAUUCACAUGACAUGUUUUCCCAGUCGGACCUGUUUGUCACCCUGCACCUCCCCACAGCCUCGGCCAGGACCCAUCGCACAAAGACUGUGAAUGAAAACUUGAACCCGGAGUGGAAUGAGACCUUCCACUUCAGAAUUCAGAAAAAUGUUAAGAAUGUUCUAGAGAUCUCCAUGUACGAUGAAGAUCUGCUUUCUAAUGAGCUGUGCUACACGGUGCUGUUUGACAUCCAGAAACUUUCCCCUGGGAAGGAGACAAAAUGUUUCACACAGAAGGACAGUGAGCUGUGGGUUGAAUUUGAGCUGACAAAGAGUAAAGAUCCCCCUGUGGAAUACUUCUCUAAUGGAGUCUUAGUGGCGUCUCCACUUUCUUAUCUGGAGGUUAAUGUAAAGAAGUUUCGGCAUGCAACUGAGAACCUCAUACUGAAGCUGAUUGGAGCAUACCAGGAGGAGAAGCUGGUCAUGGGUACUGAGCUGGCCUCCAAAAAUGCACAGCCACUCGGGUUCUACAUCAACAGGAAUCUGGAGACAGAGCUCAAGGUCCAUCUCAGUAAUAAUACAAAUUCUGCAGGUGCUGAUCAAACAGAUGGAAGAAAUGUUCAAGCACAGGAUGCAUCUCUGCUCUCUGCUCUUCCUCUGAAGCUACAAGCUGCCAGGCAGGAAGUAAAACUCUCUGUACCAGUAGGACAGGAAGUACUUGACCUACAGCUGAAAAGUAAGGACAGCCAAGACAAAGGUCUAGAAGUACGGUUAGGUUUUGACAUACCAGAGGCAGAAAAGAAUUUCCUCGAGAAGCGGAAGUUACUUGCAGGAAAAGCUAUAAAGAAAGCGCUGAAGCUCACCUAUUCUCCAGAGCAAAGUAAGGUGCCAGUGUUGGCUAUAGCAGGCUCUGGUGGUGGGACCAGAGCAAUGACCGCACUGUAUGGAAGUUUAAAGGGACUCCAGACCCUGGGCCUUCUGGAUGCUGUAAGCUACAUCAGUGGUGUCUCUGGAUCCACAUGGACCAUUUCCAAGCUCUAUGGGGAUCCUGACUGGUCCCAGCGCGAUAUGCAGCAACACGUCUCGGCUAUGGAAGCGGCGAUGUCAAGGAGCUUCUACUGGGCCUUCUCCAGCAGCCAGCGGCAAUACUACGCAGAGGAGCUGAAAAAAAGACAAGAAGAAGGGCAUGUGAUCACCUUCAUAGAUGUCUGGGGUCUGGCCCUCGAGUACCUUCUCUAUGGAGAGAAAAGGGAAGGGACCCUUUCUGAGCAGCAGAGGGCAGUACAAGAAGGACAGAACCCUUAUCCCAUCUAUAAUGCUGUCAACAUGAAAGAUGGAACCACAACUGAAGCCGAAUGGUGUGAGUUCUCCCCGUACGAAGUGAGCCUUCCAAAAUAUGGAGCCUCUGUCCCCACCGAAGCCUUUGGGAGCGAGUUCUACCUGGGACGCCUUAUCAAGAAACUCCCCGAGAGCCGCCUUUCCUUCUUGCUGGGCCUGUGGAGCAGCAUCUUCUCCUGUAACCUGGCGCAGCUGUGGGGGCUCAUCACGGGUUCUGAGCAGGCCUCAGACCAGCAGAAGGAACAGGGAAGGAGCGGUAAAGGCAUCCUGGAUUCCCCUGAGCCAUCUAUAUUGGACACCUACUUCUUCACCCCACUUAGCAGCAUAACCAACAUGCUGACCAGCCUCCUGAAUGGCCGUCCAAUUAUAAAUCAGACGUAUAACUUCUUGCGUGGAUUCAACAUGCAUUCUGACUACAGUGAGAAUAAGGCUUUCAAAGCUUGGGAAGGUACCCAUCCUGAUGCCUUUCCAAACAAGAUGACACCCAACGACAGCAAACUGCGCCUAGUGGACUGUGGUUUUGUCAACAACAUCGGCCUGGCCCCGCUGUUAAGGCCCCAGAGGGGAGCGAAUGUCAUCUUUUCUUUCAACUACUCUUGGGACGUGGACCAGCUCAGGGUUCUGAAGAUAACUCAGGAAUAUUGCACUGAGCGUGGUCUGCCCUUUCCCAGCAUUGACUUCAGCAAAAUAGAUGGCCAAACCCCGAAAGAGAUAUACGUCUUUGAGGAUGAAAAGAACCCACAGGCUCCUAUAGUGCUUCACUUCCCACUUGUCAAUGUCACCUUCAAGGAAUUCCGGGUCCCUGGUAUCAAGCGUAAAGGAGCGGAGGAACUGAAGGCGGGGGACGUUGAUGUGAGCAGCAGUAAUUCCCCGUAUACAACAACAACCAUGACAUACAGCGCAGAGGACUUUCGCAGGCUGGUGGAGCUCACCUCAUACAAUGUGGUCAACAACAAGGAGGUCAUCUAUCAGGCUCUACAGCGGGCCAUAGACAGGAGGAGGCUUGGAAGAAAUCCAGUUCGCUCCUAGUCAUACUCAUGCAGUACAGCUAUGUACUUGGUCUGCAAGGCUCAUUAGAAGAUCAUUUUUUCUUUUCAAA